AUGGAUGCUGCCGUCGAGACUGUGCCUACGGCGCCAGAGCCGCAAGUGCUCGAGAUCAUUGAGAAAUCAUCUACCACCACAAUCACCGUCCAGGGGCCCUCCGAACCGGCCAUUCAGGUGGUCGAAGAGAGCACAGUGACGACCAUUAAGAAUGCUGCUGGAUCGGGGACCAGCGAAAAGAAACAGAAGAAUAAGCAGAACAAGCAAAAGGCUUUACCUAUACCCAAGGCCUCUGAGGUACCUUUCUACCAGCGACUGGGCGAGACACUCUUGCAGGAAAGCCAAGCGGAGACAGUGCUGCUUCCACCGAGGCCCAGUCUCAUCUCUCAUCGAUCAUCAGCCGACAAGCAGAAGGCGAAAUCCGCCGAACUCCUAUCCCCUCAAACGACGUCCUCGCACCACCGACCAAACUCGAGAUCAAGAUCAACGAGCCGCGUCCGGGACCCAGAUAGCGAGGACAGCAUCAGCACCGGGUCCCUCUCAGAUAUGGAAGUUAAAGAUCCAAAGGUCAAUACAAACCUGAAAGACAGCUUGUACACGCUAGACGACUUCAAGCGCCUCGAGGCCAUCAACAGUCUCAUCGGCCGGUACGGCUCAGUUUCUCACAUGAGUGUCCGAGAUCCCAGCUACUCAUUUUGGCUCAACAAGAGCUGCACAGCUGCGGUACACUUUAAGCUGCUGAACAAAGUUGCUGUCCUAGCUGGAGAUCCCCUGUGCGCGCUAUCAGCCAUGCCGUCGACGCUGGAAGAGUUCGAGAGAUACUGUCGAAAAGCGGGCUGGAAGACGUCCGUCAUCGGCGCUAGUUCUGACCUCAUGGAGAUUGCCAAGCUCAAGAAAUGGCCCGUCAUGAGGUUUGGCACCGAGAUGGUGCUCAAUCCCAUGACGAAUGAGGUGCUGCUGGGCAAGAGCGGAAAACGCACAGUCGUACAGUGUCGCCAAUUGCUCGACUCUGCGAAGGGAGGCCUCUCGCUGCACAUCUAUGUGCCGGCAAAGGGCCGAGAUCCUGUCCUCGAGGCUCUACUUACCAAGAUCUACGACGACUGGCGGGGCGACCGGAACACCCACCGUGACUGCCAGGCGUUCAUCACUGUCUUCGAUAUGUUCGCGUUGGCGAACCUGAUGACUUUUAUUUACACCCGCGCAGCCGAUGGGCAGAUCAAUGGCUUCGCUGCGUUGCGCAUGAUGGCCAACAACAGCUACCAUAUCGACCCUUUCAUCCAAGCGGUCGACGCACCACGCGGCACUUCCGACCUCCUUAUUUUCGCCUCGCUCGCUUACCUUCAUACUAUCGGAGUUCCUUACCUAGGUAUCGGGCACGAACCAGUUGCCGAGCCGGACGUCCUGUACAACAUGCCCUCACUGGUGGUCAGUGCAACUCGACGUAUAUACCGCCACAUCUUCGGCCGAUUACCUGUCGGUGGCAAGGAGACUUUCAACGCGCGGUGGAAGCCCGAUGAAGAACAGUGUGCGGGCCUGUAUCUCAUCUUCAUCGGAAGGAAGACGCCCAGCCCCAAACAUCUCCUGGCCAUGACACACUUCGCCAACAUCAGUCUCAGGAAUGUAGCCAAGGCCGACUGGAAAGACCUGAAGGCGGAGCUGGCGAAGAACAUAAAGGUCCCAGUGCCAGAUCCUGCGCUCGCGGUGCAGGGCUCCACGAAUGCAUUCCUCGAUGUCAUGCAUCAGAGACCUUCCAUGACGAAGAGCGCCAGCUCUCCCGCGGCAAUGUAG